CUCUCCUUCCCUCAUGUGAAUGUGACAAACAUGUGUCCUUCUCACUGCUUCUGCUUGUUAACAGAUAAAACCCGGAUAAGAUGAGCCACCAUCAGGUUUUUCUGCUCCAGGCCGGAUUACACAGAAAGAAGGUGUGGAUCAUCAGGUAUGAAGACAGGCAGCCAUGCAAACUCGUGUUCAGACCUGACAGGCCUUCUUUCCUUCAACAGCACAAAGUUUGACCUGGAUCUCCUGGAUGGCGUACUCCACGGGAACGCUCGCUAAAGGCUGCUUUGGGAAAGUCUACAGGCAAAGGUACAACGACACCUGGGCUGCUGUGAAGAAAGUCCCCCAACAGCUCAUCGGUCGGAAAAAUCUGGAGAGAGAAUGUGAAGUUUACAACAAAGCAAAUCAUCCCAACAUAGUGAAGCUUCUGGGCAACAUAACUCUCAAAGAUGGUAAAUGGAUUAUUCCACUGGAGUUUAUCUUUGGAGAGGAUUUGGAGACAACUAUUUUCCAGUCAUCAAAAUCUAAAAUACAGUUGACUCCAUCAAAUAAAGCUACUAUCAUCACUGGUAUGUGUGAAGGGUUGCUUCAUCUCCACCUAAACGAUAUCGUCCAUCAAGAUCUCAAGCCUGAAAAUAUCAUGGUGGAACAUGGGACAAACAGAGCAGUUAUCAUUGACCUAGGACUGGCAAAGUUUUUCAGACACGGUCUAAGCUCUGCCAUAGACAUGGGGAAUGAGGCGUACUCAGCUCCUGAAGUUCUUACAAUGGGAAGGCAACGAAGUCAACGUUCAGAUGUGUGGGCCAUGGGGAAGAUCAUUGCUGAGCUCUACGUCCGGAUACGGCUUCACACGCCCAGUGUCGGUCCUGCUAAGAUCAAGGAGACCCUGCAGGGUCAGCCCUACUGUGAUGCUGUGUGUAGGAUGGUGGAGCCAGACCCAUCUCGGAGGGCCACCAUGGCUGGAGUCAUAGAUGAAAUCCGAGUAGUUGGAAGAGCAGCAAAUCCAACCAGUACACCUGUUGAAAGAGAUCUCCUUAAGCCACCAUCAACUGAUAAUGCUGCCAAAAACAGGGCUCCAUUACCAAUGAACAGAGGUGCAAAUGAGCUAAACAGGGAACCCUAUCCAUUUAAAGACGGAUCUCCCUCGCCAUUUAAUAAAGACAGAUCCCCUUUACCAUUUAACAAAGACGGAUCUCCCUCGCCAUUUAAGAAAGACAGAUCCCCUUUACCAUUUAACAAAGACGGAUCUCCCUCACCAUUACGAUGGGAGCGAACUCCCAGACCAGAAUUUAAACACUUGCGUCCCCAGAUCGGGAUGCCCAACCCUCCCUUCACAAAGCCAAUGGAGGACAAAAAUAGACAGCCGGGUCUGGUCCCGCCAGGCAGGGCAGAUGUCAUGCCUGAUCUCAUGAAGAUGAGGCUACAGCAAAAAGGUGCUAAGGAUCUUCCCAGCAACUUGCCUAAAACAGGGAAGAUGGUGGUGCGGCACAUUAAGCAGAAUAAUGGAAAAAUUGAAACAUGGGAGAAGACGGUGGUAACGGAGGAUGGAAAGAUUAUCAGAUAUGAGGAUGUUAAAAUUAAUAGCUAAAUAAGAUAUUAAAGGCUCUCCAUGAGUUUAAAGACAACAGAUUAAAAAACAUAACUUCUAAGAGAACAUGGCUGUGAACUUUUGGCAUGGAGGACAAUAAAUAUUCCUCAGAAAUAAGGAUGUAAUGUGUGUGGGGAAAAAUGUUUAAAAAAUAUCUGCAGCCUGCAUAUGACAUCAUUAUGGCUGGAAAUAUGCAUGACUAAAUAGGAAGACACAGCUCUUCAUUUGUUCAGGACAUUUGACACCACAGACAUUCCUACACUUCUACACUGAGCUUAAUGUUGGUCAAAAGGAAAAAAACUAAGACAACUAAAAAGUGUUGUUCUCUUCCCCUGAAGUAUUAGUAAUAAGCUUUAAUUUUUUUAUGUUUCUGGGUUCUUGUGGGUUAUUUUUCCAUUUUUUUAUCUUACCUGUAAUCUUCCCCACCUGCCUGUCUGACCCUUGUCUCUUUCUUGGAUUUUAUUUACUGCCUGUCAUCUUAAACUUGUUCAGCAUCUUUGACUUUUUGGAGUGUAUUUUUACAUUGCAUUUACAUUUUUAUGUUUACAUUAUGCAUUAUACCCAUCUCUAGAUGACUCAUCCUUCCUGAAUGAACAACGUUUCACUUUGUUCAUUCAGACUCACCAAACCUGUUUGGUGACCAUGUUGUGAAACCUGUCAAACCUGAGUUGUCUCAGUGAGCAAUGAGCCUGUAAUUGGUUUUGGUGUAAAGUUAGCUCUUUCUUUGCUUUCCAGACUUGGUGGAAAAAACCAAAGAAUGGCAGAUUGUUUUCAUUAUAGAUUAAAAUUUUAUCCAUUCAA